AUGCAGCAGAACUCAAAGAAUUCUACCAAGGGUCGGUCUAUUCCGUCGAAAUUGAACCACAUACCUAAGGACCAGAUCAGUAGCUGGGGUACGCGCAUGGUGUCGAAGAAGACGAUGCCUUCCCCUGGUCCCAAUACCAGUGGCGGAGCUUAUAACACGUUCUCUACGCACGGCAACUUCGAGUCCCUACAGCUGCCUGCGCAACCGAAUGUUGCAAGUAAUCCCAGCGCAUGGUCAGCGCCGGUGACGCCAAACCCGAGGAACGUGCCAAACAUGCCCAGGUCAUCCUCGUCCUUAGACGGCGCUCUUGGUCCAGACUAUAUGCACGCAGCCUCCAGCUCGGCGGCGGCGGCGGCGGCAUCGCGCUACGGACAUACGUCCAGGCACGAAUCGUCUGGCAGCAUAAGCAACCCGACGUAUCCCGGAAGCACGAAUGCUGCGGCGACGUACUACCCCACGGCUGGCGGCCAUCCUACUGCGCACAACGCGUAUCCGACCAGCGCUCCAUAUUACCCUGCUUCCUCAAGUCAGCCAACUAGUAGCUCGUACCCAUAUGCGAGUCAGGCAGGCUAUCCCUCAUCCCGCUCCGCAGCAUCAGCCUCCCCCAACCCUGCCUCAGCAGGCAGCUAUUCUUCGCAGAACUCCCAAGGAUCUGCCCCCCACGCAAACGCCUAUUCAUCGUCCCAUUCCUAUGGCUGCCCACAUGGCUCAUAUGGGUCCAGAUAG